CUCCACUUUAUAUUCUCGCUUUCUUCCCCUCUUCCUUUUCCAUCAGCAUUACAUUUUGAACCGAAAUCUCUAGAGAAAACUGCAGUUCUGCAUACGCAAAACAACCGGAGAGAGAGAAAGAGAGAGAGAAAUGGAAGGGGAGAAGAAAACGAUCAAAUCCAGAUUCAAGAAGGUUUGCGUCUUCUGUGGCAGUAGCACUGGGAAGAGAAACUGCUACAGAGAUGCUGCUAUUGAACUGGGAAAAGAGCUGGUUUCUAGGAAGGUGGAUUUGGUUUAUGGUGGUGGGAGUAUUGGACUGAUGGGGCUGGUUUCUCAAGCUGUUCAUGGAGGAGGAGGACAUGUUUUAGGGAUCAUACCCAAGACUCUCAUGUCUAAAGAGAUUACAGGAGAAACAGUGGGAGAGGUAAGACCAGUAGCCGACAUGCAUCAAAGAAAGGCAGAGAUGGCACGUCAUUCAGACGCUUUCAUUGCCUUACCAGGUGGAUAUGGAACUUUAGAAGAACUUCUGGAAGUCAUUACAUGGGCUCAGCUGGGAAUCCAUGACAAACCCGUGGGCCUUCUCAAUGUGGACGGCUUUUACAACUCUCUGCUGACAUUCAUCGACAAAGCAGUAGACGACGGCUUCAUCAAGCCCUCUCAACGCAACAUAAUCGUGUCUGCGCCAAACGCCAAAGAGCUGGUGCAGAAACUGGAGGAAUACGUGCCUGUACAUGUAGGAGUCGUAUCGAAGCUGAGGUGGGAGAUGGAGCAGGUUGGUUAUAAUGCUUCUUUGCAUGCAGGGAUGGCUCGUUAGCUGCAGAUGGAAAGGGAACGGAGACAAGGAGAAAGUGGCAGGGUUUUUUUUUUUUUUUUUUUUUGAGUGGCUUUUUGCAAUUUCUUGAAGAAAGAAGCCUAUAUACAUCGUAUAUAUCGUUUACAUACUCUCUUUCUGGUUCUCGUUUUUAAUUUUUGGGUGACUGUAUUUGCUGUUUCUACACCCGUUUUGAUUGAUUUGGAAAACCCAUUUUCCAAUUUUGAGAAUAGUAACAAUACAUAUCAGUAUUAUUUCCAAUUAGGAGAUGGAAAAUGGGUGUUUGGGUGUAGAUAUCAAUUCCUUUUUCUUUUCUUUUCUUCUCCUUUUUUUUUUUUUUUGGUUUUUUGGGUUGUAAAAAAGGACGGGGUUAGGGAAGGAUGCGGCGUGCAUGUAGCAGCACUCAGCAGCCUUUUCUGUUCUGUCUGAGCGCGCGAAUGGAUUUAUGGAAGGGUUUCUG